AUGGCUGCUCUGUGGAGUCGGCUGUUUCGUUUCGAGCUCGACACUUGGUCAAUGUUCAAAUGGUGGGCACACGCUAUUCUCAGCAGACGCCUCAUUGGUAUCCCCUGGAUUUUCGAUUGGCCGGAGCGACAAGCUCUAGCCAAACGUCAACAAUGGCAGCGGGCCGAAGUACGCACUUGUACAUGGGAACCAGUUACUUUAAUCGUGAUUUGGUACACGGUCACCGGGGGAAAUCUCACAACAUAUAUGAGAAGAAGCGGCGCCAACGAUGACGACCCUUGCAAUGGAAUCGAUGUUACGGUGCCUGACAUUCACACAAACGGCGAUCAAUAUCGAACAUAUCAACAGACUUUUGGUUGCAUGCUGUUGGACUGGGUUCCAGACGAUCCGUCUAAUGAAAGAGCUGGUUACCUUGUAAAGGUCUACAACGAUGGUCUUCAGACUAUUCAAAAAGAACCACGAAAUACGACCGAAAAACGUAAACAAACGGCAGAACCUGUAAAAAAUGCUGACAGCAUUUCAACCGGACCGAUACCGACAAUUGUUAUCACAGAUGGAUCGGAAAGCAAGGAAGUUCCAGAAGACAGCCAAUCGUUAGCCAGCCUGGAAUAUAUUUCUGAAAAGAUCAAACGUCAACUGCGAUGGGCAGAAGGCGUUCGAAGAGGCGAAAUU